CAAUGUGUCGCUCAAGGGCAUUUGCUUUGAAAUGCGAAUGAGGGGUUAGAGCACUCAAAAGCAGUUCUCCCAGACCAACAACCACCUUCUACUCAUCCAGACAUCAUUUCAAGCGUUUAUUGCUUGUUUUACUUUCCGCACAUCGACCUCCAUCUUCCCUUAUCUAGACACACCUCCAUGAUGGGCUCUGAAUCUGUACCAUACACCAUCUCGGUGCCCGACUCUGCACUCGCAAAACUAAAAAGAAAACUCUCUGAUGCCGACUACCCCGAUGAACUUGACACGCUAGAUCAGUGGCCGUAUGGCUCGCCCCUCUCCGAUAUCAAACGCCUGGCAAAGUACUGGGAAACAGGCUUCGACUGGCGUAGAACCGAAGCAAAACUCAACGAGCUGCCUAAUAAUAGAAAGAAAGUCCAGGUUGAAGGCUACGGCGACAUCGACAUCCACUUUGUGUGGAAGAAGAACUCGAACCCAAACGCCAUACCCCUACUAUUCUGUCACGGAUGGCCGGGCUCAUUUGUCGAAGUAACAAAGAUAUUACCACUUCUUGAAGCGGGCGAGAAAGAAGGAAAGCCCGCAUUCCACAUAGUAGCCCCAUCAUUGCCAAACUUUGGAUUCAGUCAGAAAAUCACCAAGCCCGGAUUCGCACUCUCGCAGUAUGCCGAAACGUGCCAUCGUCUGAUGCAAGACCUAGGCUACGAAAAAUACGUAACGCAAGGUGGCGAUUGGGGCUUCUACAUCACUCGAUCAAUGGGCGUCCUGUACCCAUCCCACGUCCUAGCAAGCCACAUUAACAUGGUCCGCGCCCACGCACCGUCCUUCUCUUCGCAGCCUGCUCUCGCCCUCCAACACGCAAUGACCGCAUACACAGCCGCCGAGUCCGCCGGCCUCAAGCGCUCAGAAUGGUUCCUCGACCAAGGCCAGGCAUAUCGCCAACUCCACGCUACCAAACCCCAAACCAUAUCCUACGCCUUUGCAGACAGCCCCGUCGCCCUGCUGGCCUGGAUCUACGAGAAGCUCAUUGACUGGACGGACGGGUAUGCCUGGACGGACGAUGAGAUCCUUACGUGGAUUAGUAUCUACUGGUUUAGCACCUCAGGGCCCAAUGCGCAUGUGCGAAUCUACUACGAAGCACAGCAUAAUCCCACGGAUAAGAUUCCAGAUCGAGACCGCGCGAGCCAAUGGGUUGAUCGGGUGAAGUUGGGGCUUGCGCAUUUUCCGAGGGAGAUUACUGUUGUGCCGAGAAUUUGGGGAAGGACGUUGGGUCCGGUGGUGCAGGAGUCUGAUAAUGAUAAGGGAGGGCACUUUGCGGCGUGGGAGAGGCCGGAUGUUAUUGCAGGAGACUUGCAGAAGAUGUUUGGAAAGAGCGGGCCGUGUUAUGAGAUUGUUCCUGGGAAAUCUGGGUAUUAGGCGUGUAGCUAAAACGUAUGUUGUGGAUAUCUGUACUUGACCGGAGGUCGGAGGUUUGCCUAUCUUGGCGGGGCUUUCAA